AAUUUUAUGGAACUGCAAUAUUACUUUUUACAAAAUUCUAGAGUUUAUUCCGCCGUCUUAACAAUAUGUUUUACGAUUCAGUGGAAUUGUUCAGUGAAAGAAAAUUGUUUGGUCAUGUUUCGUGCCAGCUAAGCAAAAUUGCAGCCAAAUUUAUUGAUUACGAAAGGAAUAAAGUCAACACGGUUAAAUUUUUUUCGAGAAGGAAUUUUUCUAUGGAAACACUGACGUCGUUUCCCACCAUAAUCCCCAAAAUAGUGUUACGGUCUACAUGUUCAACUUUUCGUCUAGAAAGGAACGGGAAGAUUUUUAUGUACUCCUUACGCCGUUAAGUGAACCAAGCGAGUCACAGAGCGUUUAAACCGGAAGUUUGUUGAUGACGCACUUCAACAACAAUAGUAACGUAAUGUACAUCUGGACAAAUUAAAUUUACAUUUCCCGACUUCCGUCGACGAUAGUCACGGUAAUAAAUAAAGUCGAUAACAGACCUUUAUUCUGAAAGAAAGCACUCUGUAAAGUUUUAUGCGCGCUAUAUCAUGUGAAUUUGAUUGUGGCAGUGAAGACUGUUUUCAUGUCAAAACGUGUCCGUAUUCUGAGAAAAAUACCUGUGGUUAAACCGGAAGUGGACCAGUUUCUAAUGGAAUCGAAGCGAUAUAUCCAGUUUCCUCUUUUGCUGAUAUAUAUUUGAGAAGAACUGAAAAUAUAGGUAUUUGAAAGAGAACUGAAAAAGAUCCCCUACGCAAGAAAGAAGACAAAGAACUUUAAAACUUGAUUGUUAUUGUCCCAAAAGCUUGAAUAUUAAAGUUAGUCAGAAUCACCACUCGACUCGGUCAAUGACGUCAUCGUUGAAGGACCACUCCAACUUCCGUCUUUUCAGAGAAGUUAUAAAACUCCAAAUAAACGCCUUGCAAUAUUAUUGAUUCAGUUAGUAGAGCGUCUAAAGCCAAAACGAAAACACUAUCUCGGCCAGGGACUUGUCAUUGAUCGAUACAAGGAACUGAUAAUCGUAGUAAUAUAAAACGAAUCGGACAUAUUCAAAGCGGCGCGAUUCUUUUUAGAACAUUUUGCUCUAAAAAAGUAAAAAAAUGGAACAGGCGUUACCUUCAGAAAAACAUCGCGUUCAUCCAACAGAUGAGUCCUUAAUGGUUAAGGAUUGUAACUUUUUCCUGAGUCUCGCCGUGGUUGGUUUUGCUCUUGCUGCAGUGACUACAUUAGGGAACAGCGCGUUGCUGUUGACAAUUUUCAGGGACACUCGUCGCUUGCUUCAAACACCCCCGUCAUUGCUGAUCGCUAACCUGUGCGUUUCUGAUUUAGUGCUUGGAUUGAUCUCCGGCAACCUUGUGGCAGUGAAAGAUGUCUACCGAUUCCAGCAUUUGCCAGUUCCUCGCGAAUUGGAUCCAAUCAUUCGUUUGGUCCUUGGCUUGUCUUUGUUCGUCAGCAGCGGAACAAUAAUAGCACUGUCUUAUGAUCGCUACGUUGCUGUGAUGCACCCUUUAAAGUACAGAUCUACUGUUACAAGGACAAGAGUGAAGAUCUGCAUUGCCUUGAUCUGGGUAGUCGCUGUGACCGUCUGCUUUCUCCCACUUACAAGUGUCCCAGAAAAUAUAUUCAAGAUUGUGUACGCUCAUACUCACGCCUCGCUCCCGGCCUUACUGUUAACAGUCAUGUACUUUAAAGUUUUCCGCGCUUUAGGGGAAAGAAAACGUGAAUUGCGAGGCGCUGGCAUCACAUCGGAGAUGAGGAGCAAAAAGGUUCUGGAUCGCGAGCGAAACAUGGUCGUGACAAUUCUGUUAGUGCUGGCUUUGUUUUACGUGACAGUUUUACCUGAGUUCAUUGCGUUACAUCUCAUGCAGUUCUGCGAGUCAUGUAAGCAAUCGCUGACAUUUCUAAAGCUCGAGAUUGUAUUUUCACGGUUUCUUUUCCUGAACUCUGCAUUGAACCCUUUCGUAUAUUCGUGGAGAGUACCGAAAUAUCGCCGAGCAUUCACUUCUUGUUUUGUCAAAUUGAGGUUUCAGUUUUGCAAUGCGUUACCACGGAGCGCUACAGCUCAACGCAAGUCACGCAAGUGACGCAAGUGAACGUCUGAUAGAAUUUCCCUUGGUGUAACCUACACCGAUGCGGUUAAAAAAAAAUUGUACAGGCCAGUUUGUAGAUGUUAUUUUGUCAGGAGAAUAUAUUUCGGGCUAAAAUUCAGAUAUUGAAACUGAAGUAUAAUGAAAAUUGUACAUGGUUGUUCCUUGUAAAUAAUAAAUAAUAUAAUUUUCAACUGAAGAAGUA